AUGUCUCAACAGGGGGUGGCUACAAUGGAUUCAAUCGAUGAGAUGAUCGAUAAGGAAGAUUGGAGUCAAAUAACUGAGCCAGCUUUGCGCAAACGUAUCCAAAACCGUAUUUCACAACGCAAGCUUCGCGCAAAGAGAAAACUGCAAAACAAGUUCAACGUUGUGCCUCCAACGCCUGCUAUGAAUAUCGAUAAUCCUGACUUGUCCACACUAUUUGCCACAGGCAACUCAAAUACAGAACCAUUUCUGGAUCCCAUGGAAGCUUUAUAUCCUUCCAUUGACCUCGAAUGGCCGGCAAGUUUCGACAUGAACACUCCCCCGCUGCUGGACCCAACCCUACCUUGGAGUCCCGACGAAAUAACACUUGACAUGCCAUCGUGGACAACAGACGUAGAAAGCGGCUACUUCGACCACGACCCCCUACCAUCUGAUCUCCAACUGAUUUCUGAUGGCGAUCCGAUCCCCUUAGACCCAGCCCUUAUCUCCACCAUGGAUACAAUGCCCUCUCCCCAGCCUCGAAAGCCCCGAGAAUUUAAAGCCGGGGAGGUCCUUAUCCACAUUGAUAACCCGGGACUACAAACUCCCCGACCUGACUCUGUGGCGUCUUCUUCCUUAGCCUCAUCCGCAGAGUCCACGUCAAGCAGGGCCUGUCCAGUAAAAUGGAGUACCCAGAUGUUAUCCCGCGGCUUCGAACCCAGAUGCUCCUCUAGAAGCAGCGGCACUACACGGAAACAAUCAUUCCGUCCAUGGAAGAAAUGCACAACUACCAAAGCCGCGACAGCGGAUGGCUCAUGCCAUUCAUCACAUGAAUAUGUAGUGGAAUGCACGAAUUGUGGAUGCCACAUGGCUGUGCGGGAAACGCCCCGACCAAGCCAGAAGGAACUAGUGGAGAUGCUGUGCGAGCGCAAUCCGGCAUUGGCUGAGUUGGCGAAGCAGCCGAAUGUUCGGAUCGAAUAUGGAUUACCGCCCUCAAGACAUGGGAGCACCCGGCGUGAUUCAACAACUGACUUAGAGAUGGAGGAUCAUGGCGAGGAGGCAGAAAGCGAACAAAAGUAUAUUGUUAUAUAUACAGGACGUGACCGGGCUGGUGAUUAA